AUGCGUUUGCUUGGGUUUGACUUGUAUGAUUUUGUUUGCGCAGGGACUGUUACAACAAUGGCAUCUGAAGCGGAAAUUCGAAAAGACCGCGAGGAGAGAGAGAUCGUCUUCUCGAGAUUGAGAAAAGCAAUAACAUUGUGGGAGGAAGAGCAAGUAUUCAAGGCUGAAUCUCGCAAGGAUUCUCCAAAACCAGGAGAAAAGUUCUUCUCGACCUUCCCUUUCCCGUAUAUGAAUGGUUAUCUACACAUUGGGCAUGCCUUCUCACUUUCCAAGAUCGAUUUUGCUUCUGCUUAUCAUAGACUAAGAGGCGCUAAUGUGCUCCUUCCAUUUGGCUUCCACUGUACUGGAAUGCCAAUUAAGGCUUCUGCGGACAAGCUUGCUCGUGAGAUGCACGAUAUGGAAACCCUCCUGAUUUCUGCUGAGACGACAACACCAACAAGCUCCAGAAAUCCAUACGAAUGGUUGUAUUACUUCCCUCCAUUGGCUGUUGAAGAUCUCAAGGCGUAUGGAUUAGGUUGUGAUUGGAGACGGUCGUUCGUGACCACUGAUGUUAAUCCGUUUUUCGAUGCCUUCGUGAGGUGGCAGAUGAGGAAGUUGAAAUCUAUGGGGAAGAUUGUGAAAGACCGUAGGUACACGAUAUUCUCACCUCUAGAUGGGCAGCCUUGUGCUGAUCACGACCGUGCUACUGGUGAAGCUACUUUGAGGCCUGAGACCAUGUAUGGGCAAACAAACGCAUGGGUGUUGCCUGAUGGGAAGUAUGGAGCUUAUGAAAUCAAUGAAACUGAUGUCUUCAUCCUUACUGAGAGGGAUGAUCUGAUUGGACUCCCUUUGAGGUCUCCUCUGGCAGUGAACGAGAUCAUCUAUGCUCUGCCCAUGUUAACCAUUCUGACCAACAAGGGUACUGGCAUUGUCACCAGCGUGCCUAGUGAUGCCCCUGAUGAUUACAUGGCUUUGCAUGAUCUAAGUGCAAAGCCUGCUCUUCGAGCAAAGUUUGGUGUGAAAGAUGAGUGGGUGCCGUCUGAAAUUGUGCCGAUUAUCAACAUUCCGAGUUUGGAGAUAAGGCUGCCGAGAAGGUCUGCUUGGAUCUGA